AUGGCCCCCUCCACCAUGUCCGUCUGCUCUGACGCCCACACCGAGUCCUCCUGGCAGGUGGAAGACUGCCCAGAGAGCUACUGUGAGCCCUGCUGCGCCUCCAGCUGCUGCCUAACCAUCAUCUGCACCCCAGUGAGCUGUGUGUCCAGCCCCUGCUGCCAAUCCACCUGCCCCAGCUCCUGCACACCAUGCUGUCAACAGUCCAGCUGCGGCUCCUCCCCCUGCCAGCAGUCCUGCUGUGUGCCCCUCUGCUGCAAGCCCCUCUGCUGCGCACCCAUCUGCUGUGGGUCUUCCUCAUCCUGCUGCCAUCCUCAGUCCAGCUGUCAGACCUCAGGUUGCAGCUCCUCCCUCUGCGGCAGCUCCUCUCCCUGCUGUGUGACCCUCUGCUGCAAGCCCGUCUGCUGCACACCAGUCUGCUGCAAGCCCGUCUGCUGCACAACAGUCUGCUCUGGAUCCCCCUGCGGCCAGCAGUCUAGCUGCCAGCCCUCAAGCUCCCCGUCAUCCUGCUGUGUGCCCCUCUGCUGCAAGCCCGUCUGCUGCAGACCCUGCUCCAGCGUGUCCCUGCUCUGCCGCCCCGUGUGCAGACCCACCUGCUGCGUGCCCGCCUCCUCCUGCUGUGCCUUCUCCUGCCAGCCCAGCUGCUGCCUCAGUUCCUCCUCUGUGUCUCUGCUCUGCCACCCAGCCUGCUCCAGACAGGCCUGCUGUCGCCUCUCUUCCGGACAGAAGUCCAGCUGCUGA